AUGGAAAGGAGCAAAAUACAAAUGCUUUAUGAUGCUACUCAUGCCUUGUUUUCUGAACAGAGGCUUCCAAGUUUUCAACAAAUCCAUUAUCUCAAAAAUUUGCUAGAUAAAAUUGAAGCUGUAGACGUGGGAAUCGACGAGUUUGGGUUGUGUGAUUCUCCUAUGUCAGAUGAAACCGUUGAUAGCAGCAAGGGAUUGCUUUGUGGACAAGGCUUCUCUGAGAUUACAUACAUUCACAUUCAUGAAUGUGACAAUUUUUCUAUGGGUGUGUUCUGUCUUCCAGCAGGAAAAGUGUUUCCACUUCAUGAUCACCCAGGAAUGACAGUGUUGAGUAAGCUCUUGUAUGGCUCUGCCUACGUCAAAGCUUAUGACUGGAUCACAUUGGAUUGUGCUGGAACACAAACAAUAGGAUUGGGUGGGAGGGUAGUGGAUGAAGUAAUCAAAGCACCACAUGAGCCAUCUAUAUUAUUUCCAAGAAGUGGUGGCAAUAUUCAUUCUUUCACAGCGUUGACGCCAUGUGCAAUACUAGACGUGCUGUCUCCACCAUACUCUGAGGACUUUGGAAGGCCUUCCACUUAUUUCUCAGAUAUCCCUAUCCCUUCUCUUAAUGCCACUGAUUCAUUGAUUCGUUUUAUUUUGUGUGCUACUGGGGCAGGUUAUGCCAUACUUGAGGAGAAACCCGUGCCUAGUGACCUAUUUGUUCAAGGAGCACCAUACCUUGGACCUUCAAUUGUGACCGUGGACGAAUACAACUUUGGUGAAAUCGGUUUUGAGAACUACGUUCUCCUUAAAUAUCUAAGUAGCGGUCUUAAUGUUCACUUUAAUGUUCUUGGGUGA